AUGUUAAAAUUUUUAUUAUUACAAUCAUUAUUUGAUUUUACACAAUUACAAUUAGAUGAAAUAAAUUUAAAUUCUUAUGAUUUUUCAUUAAAACUUCGUGAUAAUCUUUAUCAAUCAAGUCAUCGUAUAUCGAUAUUUGCACCAUCAUGUACUUUACAUGGAUUUUUAUUUCGUUCAGUAUGGUCUAAAUAUGAUAUUGAACAAAGAACACUUGCAUCUGUACUUAAUCUAUGGUUAAAAAGAAAAAAAUAUUUUCAUCUAAAAUUAAUUGAUCAUGAUUUUCAUUCAAGUUAUUGUCCACAAAAUGAUGAUAAUCAAGAUAUAUUCUAA